AUGGCAAAACAUGAUCGGUUGAAAGCUCGACUCGCCAUUCAUGACAACACGGUUCCGAAUGUUUUCACAACGAGUACAGAGAGUCAGUCCGCGACCGAGGGAAAAGUCGUCAGGCUAUUUCAAGAGUUCGUUGACAAACUAGAGAUUCAAACAGAGCUCAGGCUUGAUGUAAGGAAACAUAUUAGCUACGCGUCGAAGGGGCUCUCCAGUUUGGGACCGGCAUAUGAGUCCUUAGAUGCAUCAAGGCCUUGGAUAGUCUACUGGACAACUCACGCGCUAGAUCUGCUAGAUGUGGUCCUUUCGGAUGACAAAAAGACAGAAAUCUGCGAGUUCUUAGAACUCUGCCAAUCAAAAAAUGGAGGCUUUGGUGGUGGGCCACUGCAAAUGCCACAUUUGGCGACGACCUAUGCAGCGAUGAAUGCGAUUGCGAUACUCGGAUCUGGUGGCUUUGAGAGGGCUUAUCAGAUCGUAAAUGUGAAGAAAUUGGAGGAGUUUUUAUACAGUGUUAAGAACACUGAUGGGUCUUUUGCCAUGCAUGUGAAUGGGGAAACCGACACCAGAGCGAUCUACUGUGCUGCUAGUGUCGCAACAAUGCUUCAGCUUGAAGACAAAGAUAAGCUGUUCGACAAGACUGACGAAUAUUUGGCCAAAUGUCAGUCUUGGGACGGUGGAUUUGGACCCAAUCCGGGAGCAGAAAGUCAUGGAGGCUUCACGUACACAAGUCUCGCUGCACUUGCUCUUCUCAACAAGACGAGCGCGAUUCCCAAUGUUUCCAGCUUAGUGAGAUGGCUCUGUAACAGACAAAAGAGUGUGGAAGGAGGGUUCGAUGGUCGAGCAAACAAACUGGUUGAUUCUUGCUACAACUUCUGGCAAGGAGGCUCGUUUCCAAUCGUCCACGGCCUCCUCGACCAAGACCAUGCGCCGAAGGACUCCUGGCUCUGCGAUUCCAGAGCGCUGAUGGAUUACACUUUCCUUGCGUGUCAAGUGAGGCAGAAAAACUCCGUUGCCGGUGGGUUUGCUGAUCGACCUGGGAGCCACCGCGAUUACUAUCACACUUGCUAUGCGUUAUCAGGCGUUGCUGCGCUUCAACAUGUUUAUAACAGGCACGGCCAAACCACGAUCUGCCCUGAGCCCGAGUCCGAAAAUUGCCUUUCCAUGAUCAACCCUCUUCACAACGUCCGCCCAAUCGCAGUCAUUGACAUCUACGACUAUUUUUCAGCCCAAUUGGAGAUUGAGAAGGAAUUGAGAAUAUCUCAAAGUUGA